AUGCAUCUGCUGCAGGGUGCCUCUACAUCUUCAGUAAUCGUUGAAAAUGGAGCUUUUGGGCACUCGCUGUCCAGCUCGGGGCCGGCCUCCACGAGCAUCCAGCAGCAGUCCGAGUUUGCCAAGCGUGCAGCGCACGUCGGACAGGGCAUCCAUUCGACCUCCCAGAACCUGCUGAAGCUUGCGCAGCUGGCCAAGCGCACUGGCAAGUUUGAUGACCCAGCCGUGGAGAUUGCCACCCUCAGCGGGGCCAUCAAGGAGGACAUACAGGCGCUCAACGUGGCUUUGGUGGACCUUCAGAACCUGUCAGCAGCCUCGCGCACGGCCAACAAGCAGAGCAGCAGCCACUCGCACACCAUCGUGGACAACCUGCGGCUGCGCCUGAAGGACACCACGAAGGACUUCCAGAACGUGCUGCAGGUCAGAAAGGAGAACCUGGAAAAAAAUAAAGCCCGGCAGCAGCAGUUCUCCUCUGCGCCUGAGAGGCGCACCUUCAACCCAGCACGGCCGGGUGGUGGGGGUCAGGGCCCGUCCUUCCUGCCUGCAAAUGGCCCCGCCAGCACGGGGUUCAGAGCACCCACAUCUUCACAGCAACUCUUUGGGGGGCUGCCACCGGGCGAGAUGGGCAGCAGUUCGGGGUCCAGGGAUCAGUCUUCGGCAUCGGAACAGCAUCCACUGCUCCAGCAGGACCAGCAGCUAGUUGUGCGGCAGGACACAUACCUUGACAGCAGGGCCGCUGCUCUGCAGAACGUGGAGAGCACCAUUCACGAAUUGGGUGGCAUCUUCCAGCAGCUUGCACACAUGGUGCAAGAGCAAGGGGAGCUGGCCAUUCGCAUCGAUGAGAAUGUAGAUGAUACACUUGCCAAUGUGGACUCAGCGCAGGCUCAGCUGCUCAAGUACCUGAACAGCAUCUCCUCCAAUCGAUGGCUUGUCAUGAAGAUUUUCAUGGUGCUGCUUGUCUUCCUCGUCAUCUUUGUGGUCUUCAUUGCCUGA